UUCGCUUUUAAUCAAGUUAAUUCGAUUCCAAACAGUGUAAAACAUACUCUCCGUGUAGGCCUUUCACGGUAGAAGUCUAACUGAGGAACUUCCAGUCACACGGGAUUACAAUGCUUUUAUUUUGUAAAGACAAUCUCACUACUUUUCGUAAUGCUCGCGCUGACUCUGACGAACUUUACCAGUGUCUUUCAGCAUCUUCUAAACAUUAGCUUGUUGUGUUUUAGCCCAGCUGGUUAAAUUGUUGCGGUACUAGUUAACCCUGGUGACCUAUGAGCCGCAAAAGAAACCACAGCUUUGUUGAAACCAGCCUGAGUCCGGAGCUUCACGGCGGCUUUAUGGAGCCUCCGGGCUCGACGAACCGAGCCGACGGCGACUCGGCGGAGCUGGAGCCGGACGAGGAGCUGCUGUGUUCGGUCAGCGACAUCACAGAGCACCUGGGCAGGAACAUCGCGGCCGUGCUGGACUCGGCGCUGUCCGAGAUCCGACAGACGGUCAGCGUCCGGAUCCGGCUGCUCAAGCUGGAGCUCCGCCAGAAAAGCGAGGAGAUCGAAGCGUUGAAGGCGAGACUGGAGGCGGUCCAGACGGUCCCGGAGCCGCCUGAAGCCGGAUUCAAGAACAAACACAACAACCCGGACCCGAGGAGAGCCAAAGCAGGCCUGCCCUGCGUCAAGAAGGAGAACAUCGACGCCAUCUGUGACUUUCUGAUGAAAGAUAAGAACUCCAGAGGAGGCGCGGACGGGGACAGGGAGACUCGUCACGAUCAGGACUCCCUCCAGCUUUGGCCGGACAGCGGCUUGGCGGGGUCCGGGUCCGGGUCCGGAUCCGGGCACGGAGAGUCCGAGUCCGCCGCUGAUGACAUCUUCAGCAUGCUGCCUUCUGGAAGCAAACGGAUCUACGACUAUGAAUGGAUCACACCCAUGGAGUAUUCCUCAGAGAUGAAAGUGAUGACGGAUCCUGAGUGCAACAGCACCCCACUCGACGAAACGGAAGACGAUGAUGAAGAGGAAUCAUCAACAAGGGAAGGAGGUGGACUAGACCAGGACCAUGUACCAAUGUCACAUGUCCAGUCCCCCGCGUUCUCCAUGGAGCCGCAGAGUUCUCCGGGCGAAACCGAGUGUCCACUGGAGGUCAAGACAGACAGGCUGGAGGCAGGCCAGCAGUUUCCCAGCCACACUUACAUCUGCUCCCUUUGUGGGACCUUCUGCCCCGAUUCUCUGUUCCUGGAAGAACAUGUUAAACUGAUACACUCAGACAGUCCUGGAGUUCAGGCCCUCCAAGCCCUUCAGUCCACCUCCUCGGCUGCAUCCAACAUGGGGGAUGGCAGCAGGGACUCCACGAGGAGCUCAACCCACCAGAAUGAGGCCGGCGUGGGACCAGGGAACGGCAUUGGUGCAGGUCGGGGAGGGGGGCCGGUUAAAAGACAGAUUAAGAUUCAAGGUGGCUAUGAGUGUGCAGACUGUGGGCGCCAGUUUAACUACCUUGGAAACCUGCGGCAACACCAGCGAAUCCAUACGGGGGAGAAGCCCUUCAUUUGUCCGGAGUGUGGGGAGAGGUUCCGCCAUGCAGCCCGUUUAAAAAGCCACCGGCUGGUCCACAGUGGGGCCCAAAGUCCGUUCCCCUGUCCCCAAUGUGGGAAGGGGUUCUCAGUGCUGUCCGGUCUGAAGAGACACCAAAGGGUGCACACUGGCGAAAGCCCCUAUGCUUGUUCACAGUGUGGCCGACGUUUUAAGGAGCUGGGAAACUUGUACACUCACCAGAGGAUACACAGCGGGGCCACACCAUACUGCUGCCAGCAGUGUGGACGGAGCUUCCGCCACCUCGGCACCUAUAAGAGCCACCGCUGCACUCCGACACAGGAUCCAGCCCAUUGACAACGGGUACCCUCCAGGGUCCAGAGUAUUGGCUACGUGCUGUCUGUGGCGAGGUGUGCGGGUGAUACUGCGAGGCAAUCCAACCUUUCAUCUUCUGAGACUUUCAUGAUCUUUUAUGAUGUCUGUACAAGACAGAGACAGGCAAUUUGGACAGUCUAAGACAGAACCUUCAAGAGUUAAGCAAGAAAGAACAUGGGUAGUUCAGAGGUUGAGGGCAUUGGAACCCUAAAACCAAGACUCUUUAGCAUGUGUACAUUGCAUCCGGAAAGUAUUCACAGCACCUCACGUUUUCCACAUUUUGUUAUGUUACAGCCAAAAUGGAGUAAAUUCAUUUUUUUCCUUUCAAAAUUCUACUCACAACAUCC